AUGGCGUUCCGCAGAACUAUAGCACGGAGCCUAUGGGCAGGCAAGACCGCGGCCACCGCGGCCGUGCCGAAGACUCCGCCUCCCAUCAUACCGGCGCGACGGGCGCUGCCGGCGGUGGAAGAUUGCCCGACGCUCGCAUUUCUGCGGCCCCGCCCGACCACCGCCCGCUACUCCACCGUGUCCGUCCCGCUGCCGCACCACUGCUUCCCGGCCUUCCCCGUCGGCGACCAGCUGUUCAACCGCCUCGUCGACGGACUCACGCCGCCCACCGCAGUAACGCGGGCGCCUGCGGAGGUGGGCGUGACGCUGCAGGAGGCGAAGAAGGUGGCGAGGGCGGCGGAGAUGGAGGUGGCGCGCGCCACGCUGAGGGGCAACGCCCAGAGCGUCGUGUCCGUCUCAGACUACGCCGCGCUCUGCGUCGACAUUGCCGGCGGCGUGGAGGGCGGGCGCAGGCUGGCCAGGACGCUCGACGAGUCCGGCGUCGUCAUCGUCCUCGCCGACGCGGUCUUCCUCCGCCCCGACAUGGUGGCCAGGGCGAUCGGGAGCAUACUGCCGGCGCCGGCGCGCACGGUAGCCGCCCUGGCGAACGACGAGGCGCGCAUGCGGGAGCUGCGGGCGAUGGAGGAGCAGAAGGCGGCCAUCGACGCGACGGCGGCGGCGCAGGUGCGGCGGGAGCUGUGGUGCGGGCUGGGCCUGCUGGCGGCGCAGACGCUGGGCUUCAUGCGGCUCACCUUCUGGGAGCUGUCGUGGGACGUCAUGGAGCCCAUCUGCUUCUACGUCACCUCCAUCUACUUCAUGUCCGGCUACACCUUCUUCAUGCGCACGGCUACGGAGCCGUCCUUCGAGGGCUUCUACCGGAGCCGCUUCGCGUCCAGGCAGCGCCGCCUCAUGCGGGACCGCCGGUUCGACGUCGCCCGCUACAACGCGCUCAAGCAAGGUGAACGGUCCGUUCCUGGGCAGAGCGAGUGUGAAUGUGUGAUGCCGAGUUGUGUACUGUUUAGGCACGUGACGCACGUACAUCACUGGUAG